GCCUAUUUGUGGCCAUGUUUUCCGUUGAUCAUAUCCUCAGCCUACUUCAUCAUGAAAUCAGCUCCCAUAACCAAAUCCUUGAUCCCAAUUCAACCAAACAUCUCCCAAAUCACAUCUAUUUCAUUCAAGCAACAAUUCAAACUCAAAACCCACAUCAAUUCCUCAAACAAUGACAACCAAAUCAUCCAAAACCCAUCCAUGUCCGAUAUCUUACAAUCAUCCAAAGCACAAAACCUCGAUCUCCACCUGCAAACACUGGGACCCUUUUUCAGAAUCACUGCAAAGAGUCUGGAAACAAACAAGGUGCUCGGAAAAGCAGAGGGCGUGAUUCGGGUGUGGUGGAAGAAAGGGAAGAUUCUGCAUUUGGAUUCGAUUAAGUUGACCCGGGAAACAUUGGGUAUGGAUAGGUCCAUAUUUGGAAUCGGGUUGUUUAUUGGAGCGGUUAUGAUCCGGCAUGGGUAUGAUUGUGGCUGUAAAACUGCUGAGUUGCUUGCUAUUAAUGAUUCCGAUGUUUACCAUGCCAAGCUUGUGAAGUUUUAUAGAAGAAUAGGUUUUGAACCAGUGUAUGAGGUAACAGGUUCGUCGAUGGGGGAUCUUGCCCACAUGUUGGUAUGGGGCGGUGUGGGCACGCGCAUGGAUGCUAACGUUGAACGUCUUCUCUUGAAGUGGUGUACGCGAUUCAUGUCUAAUAAAGGUUCAAAUUUAUAACAAACAUAUACCUUUCUAGUGAAUGAUUAUCUUAAUUGGUUAAAGUUGUUUAAAACAUGUUACAAAGGGUUGUUUAUAAGAGCUAGCUUGUUACAUUUGUACUCUUGUAAUGAUUCUUAUACAUAUUUUUGACCUGACCCGUGGGUCAAAUGGUCAAUCCUUUUCGAACUAGACAUGUUGACAUACAACCAAACACUGUGUGCUCAACACUCGAACCA